AUGACGAGUAAUCAGAGAUUUGUUGAUUAUGUGUUUUUAGCUGGUUUACCUCAUGAUUUCAGGAUAAAAAAUGUUGGUUCAGUUGCAGAUUCUCUUUACGAAAAUAUUUUUAGCAGCAUUUUUAACAGCAUUACAAAAUUUGAUCAAGAACGCGAUGAAUUUCUAAAAUCUUUAGCACACAGUCGAUCUCUAUUAUUACAACAACCUAAUGAUUUAUCAUCAUCGUCGGUUGUUAAUCAAUCACAAAAGUACAAAGAUGAUGAUAUUAAACAAAGAUGCUCAUACCUAAAUGUGGUACCUCAACAACCAUCUUCAAAACACGACAUUAUAACAAAAUCAAUGUCUCAUCCUUUGAAACAAAAAUUUUCCCCACGUUUACUAGCAAAAUACCCUCAAUCCGAUUAUCCCGACGAAGAUAGUUUUCCCUCUUAUAUACCUAUGGUAAUGACUCAAGAAGAUGGUUCAAAACGUUAUGGUGUCUGUUUAACAACUUAUUAUGCACCUUUACCAGAUCAUCUUAUCGAAGAACUUGAGAUUUUACAUAAGAAAUGGUGCGAGGCAAACAUGGCUCCAAGUGAAUUAGAAUAUAUUAAACAUCUUUUAGAAAAAGUUAGACAAGAAAGAAGAAGAGUAGAGACUGCUAAAGCAACCAUAUCUUUACAACGUUCUUCUAAUACUACAAUGGGAGAUAAGAACGAUGAACUUGAUGAAAUUUUAAAAGAAAAAGCUGAUGCAGAAGAUAAAUUAGACUUAUAUCUUCAGCUUCUAGAACCAAUUAAAUUAGGUGUUUUUGAUUCUACUAAAUUAUGGUUGCCAAAAGCUAUUGGUGUUGUUUCUCAUUUCCCAUGGCAUGAUAUUCUCAAGGAUUGGUUAUGUGCUGUUGUGAUGCCGAUGGUUGAUUCUUUAAAAGAAAAUAAUCAUAACCGAUUAAAAACUUGCUUGCCCCUAGAAAGGUAUAUUGUAAACCUUGUUCAUGAAAUCCCACUUCCUCCUCCUGGAAAAGCACAAGUAGCAAUAUCAGUUAACGAUAUGACGCUAUUUUGUUCUCGACCAGCAUUAAAUCAAAAACCAAUAUUGAAAGACGUUAAUAGAGACACUGUAUUAAUUGCCGAACAACCAAUACAAAUUCCUCCACGUCAAAGAAAAAAAUUAUUACAAUCAUUAGGAUCAUAUGUGCCACUUCAUCAAUCAAACCAUCAUAAUCAUCCUCAUUAUUCUGUCCCAUACGGCAUACCAUUAUACAUUCAACAAGCAUACCCGAACAAUCGAUUUACACCACAUCAUACCUCCACCAGAUCGAAAAUUGGUGACGAACAUAGUGGUAAUAGUAUCGGUAAAAUUGGUUCAGUGGUGGGGAGACCCGCACAACCAAUUUCACUUGCGCCAUUAAUGGCAAGUGAAUCGAUAAUCAAUAAUACAAAUUCCCUUCAAAGAAGAUUUUCCAAUUUUAAUCCAUCUUUUGAUAAAUUUGGUGAAAAUCGAGAUGAAAACAUGUCGAUUCGUAACAAAGCUUUAGCAAGAAAUAGCGUUUUUGGAGUCAACAAACUUGUUACACCGUUAAAAAUAUCUCAUACAGCUCCUAGUUCUAUUGAUAUAAGAUUAUCACCACCACAAUUAUCAAUGUCGUCAUCAUCAGAGGCUACUACUAGUAAUAGUAGCAUAGAUAAUUUAUCAUUAUUUGAUGAUAGUAUGAGUGUUAUGAGUGUGUUGACUGAAUCAGAACAACGCGUUCUACCAGAGAAAAAUUAUAUACCUAAAGAAGGUCAUCUAAUGGCACAAAUAUUUGGUGAUGAUGAUGAUGAACAAUUUACAGGAAAAUGUGGUAUGAAUAUAUUGAUAUUUGAAGGCAUUGCGUGUGGAAUAUGUAACGAAAGUCUAGGAAUUAAUCUUAUUUAUAAAUGUGAAGGUUGUUCUAUGAUGAUUCAUGAAGAAUGUCUUUCAGAUAUUGUAUAUCCAUGUGUUCCAGCUUGUUUUAAUGAAGCUAAAGUUCAAGAUGCUUUUCUACGAGUUUUUUCCUCCUUUUUACAAAAUUAUCGUUCAUUUAUGCUAAAUAACAAUGAUAACAAUAAUUAUGGUACAACAGAUAAUUAUUCAAGAUCAGGAGGAGAAAGUAAUGAAUUUUUAGAUGAUAGUGAAAUUUUCAACAAAGACUUAUUUCUUAAAUCUGUUGAUAGAGAAUCAAAACCAUUUCUUUCACAACUUGUUGAUUCUCAAGCAUUUUCACAAUUUAUAAAUCAACGUGUCAAUGCCAAGAAAACAAGUGUUGGAAAUUAUGAUGUUCAAUAUUUUGACGAAGUUAUAAAAGCUAAGCUUAAUCGUUCUAAACUAAGAUUCUCCAAAGAAUCUACUACAUUCCUUGAUGAUUCUACAUAUGCAAUAUCACAAACCAUAAGAUCAAUGAAACCAAAUGAAGAAGGCCUUGAAGACUUUGAAGGUUAUAUUCAUCUUCCCGACUCAUUUGAUCAUGGUAUUAUGAAUAAUCCAAGACCGAUAAAAAAAGGAUGGUUGUAA